UCACGCAGUUGCGUAAUUUGACAAGCGAAAAAUAGGGAGAAUGAACGUUUGACAGCUGGCUCUCUUGCUCGUACAGAUUGUUUCGAAACAAAACAAUACCUAUGCUUAAUUUAUUUGUCAACGAUUUCGGAUAGUUAGACUGUACCUCUGCUUUUAUGGCCGCUGCCGUGAGGAAUAAUGUUUGGGUUGCUCCGGGGCAGGACGCGCAGUUUCUUCAUACAACCACCGCGCCACUGACAGCCGACGGUCUGAGAGGUGAAGAUCAUGGACAAGUGCUCUGUAACACGAGGGAUGCGAUCCCCGGGACUUCCUCUUUUCAUGAUUAUAAUUUGGGUAAAUCUGACAUGGACUACCUGUCUCCGCACCAACAGGACAUAGUGAAUUCCAAAAUGUUGUGCAGGGACAGCGCUCUGAUGCCAGAGCCGCCUUUCAGCGAGGACUUUGCCUCCCCGUACAGCGCCAACAUGAGCCUGCUCCUUCCUGACAUCCCAUACCUGCACCCUGGUCUCUGCAGGACUAUGAGACCGAUCAAAACAGAGCCGUCACACUCUCUGAUGCACCCCAGCUGUCAGGGCAACAACGGAGGGCCGCUAACACUCCCAGAAUACACAGGUGUUUUUAGUGCAGCCGACACAGCUAGCGGUACAUUUUUUAUCAAACAGGAAGUGCCAGAUUUCCAGGAUGUCCCCCUGUUUCAACUUUUGAACUCUGAUUUGGAGCAGCUCGUUCAUGGGUCACAGCUGAACUCCAUCCCCAUGGCCCCAUUAAGUCUUCCUAUUGGGAACGUCCAUGUAGGCCCAGUGCAGAAUUCUGCUAAACCCACAAGCAGUCCUCAGAAUGAAUGUUUUCCAUUUAAUCGACACUUAGGCCAUCAGCAGAGACCAACCUAUUUGCCGCCCUCUCCGCCAAACUCUGAUCCCCCGAGUCCAGAAAGGGGGAAGGAGGUUCUUCACAAUCUGUCCCCACCUCCCUCCUACGAAGCCAGCAUCGCCUCCAAGUUAACUUUUCAGACCCAUAAUCCCAUUGAUUCAGGACAAAUUUCUAGUGUAGCUCCAAUCCAGUGCCCAGACCAGAAUUCCAAUCGUGGAUUAGUCCAAAGCCCAGGUCCUGCGCCAGUCCAGCGUUCAAGCCUAACACCAGGUCAGAUGACGCCAGGUGUUGGCCCACUGUCCCCAGUGUUGGCCCAGUCGGCUUCAGUUAGGUACAACAGAAGGAAUAAUCCUGAUCUGGAGAGACGGCGGAUUCACCACUGUGAUGUUCCAGGGUGCAGGAAAGUAUACACCAAGUCUUCUCAUUUAAAAGCCCAUCUACGGACCCACACAGGAGAGAAGCCGUACCAGUGCUCCUGGGAGGGAUGUGAGUGGCGCUUCGCCCGUUCUGAUGAGCUGACUCGCCAUUUCAGGAAACACACCGGGGUGAAGCCUUUCCAGUGUGGCGUGUGUAGCCGCUGUUUCUCCCGCUCUGAUCACCUGGCCCUGCACAUGAAGAGACACCAGAGCUAGAAAACCCUCUCAUGCAAAUCAAGCCAACAUUUUUUUUUUCUUUUCAGUAAACAUGGACAAAGAACCAGCACUUACAUAUCAGCAAACAAACAAAUUAAAAACUGUGGAUAAUUUCACUCCCUCCCCAGUGGAGACAUUCUUAGCAGUGCUGGCCCACAAAUAAUUGUUUCUUUUAUUGUAAAAAGGUUAAAUAUUACUGUUGCCUUACUUUAUUUCCACAAAUAUGCCCCAAUAUUGGGGGACAUUUGCAAAGAUGUCAGUCAAAAAUCAUUAACCAAAUGUGAUAAUGAAAUAAUAUUCAGCCUUUAUUUUCAUUGGAUUAUGUUGCACUGCAAAGAACAUGAACAACUUCAAGUGUCUAUUUUUUUCAAGUUUUUCAUUGUACAGAUCAUAUCAACAUGGUACCGUGUCAUUUAUUAAAUUAACGUUAAUAGCAAAUGGCCAUACUGUGAGUGCAGAUAUAGUACUGCUCUUAACUGGAAGGUCAAAGAAUAUGUUGUUUUAGUCAGCAGGUCAAAGGAUUGAUAGUGUGUGUGUGUGUGUUAGAAAGUAACAGCAGUUAGUUAAAGUUGUACGUAAAUAAGUUGGGGAUUUACUAAAAGACACAGUAGGAGGAAUAAAUAUUGGGAUGAGCGUUGUUUGCAAGCCGUGUGGUGAGUGCAGCGCUUACAGCAUGACUUUAACACUGCCAGAUUUAUGGGUCACUCUGCCAAUGAGGAUAACUCAAAACAAAAUCUAUAUUUACUCAUAACACUGAAAUGAAAGGAAGAUAAUGGGUUUGAGAUAUUAAUCAUAUUUAUUUGGACAGCAUUAUGAAUGUUCUAUAUCUAUGCCCCCUAUACUGUAUGGUAACAUAUCGUCCUUACAGAAAGUGUUAAAUGUCUUUCAGGCAGUUGCAGAGAUAAAUCCAAAUGGUUCUUGUUUGUUUUCUAUGGACUCUGCAUGAUGUUAUUUAAUUAUUGAAAAGGUUCUACGUAUUAUGUUGGGCUUGUUUUGUCCCAUGUUAAUUUCAGCCACGCAGCAGUGGUGGUUAAGAGAUUCAUGAUCAAACAAAAUGAAUAACUUUUGAGUACAGUGUGACAUUUCAGCAGCAGGUCAAAUUUAGACUCAAUCUUUCGACUUUGUUUAGGUUGCAAAUUAUCUGAAGGAAUACCAUAUUACUGACAGUUUGUCUUCAUAAGUAGUUACAAAGUGAGCCUGAGAUUUCUUUCAGACUUAGACUUGGCCCCUGCCAGUCUGAACAUCUGUGUAAGCUUUUUGGUUUCUUUGACUACUAUCCAUGUAUUCCAAUACCAUUUGAAAGUGCCUUUAACUACUUUUUUUGGACGAAUGAAAAACGAAGCUGCCCCGUUGGGACAAUGUUCUUUUAUCAGGUACUCUACUCUACUUAAAUGAUUCUGUAUGUUGGCUGCCCCUCCUUAUUUCCACUCUAUAGCAAUCUCUAUUUAUGACCAAGUUUCUUUAUAAUUAUAGAGUCGGGUUGGACAAAUAAUUUGUUAAGAUGUUUAUAUUUUUUAUCUGGUGUUUAAGGAUACAAUCUGGUGAUUGUUGUGUGUAUAAAGAUUUUAAACUUU